AUGAUUGCGGGUGGAACCGGUAUCACGCCCAUGUGGCAAGUUGCCAACGCUAUCUUCAAGAACCCUGAGGAUAAGACCAAGGUCACCCUUGUCUUUGGCAACAUCUCUGAAAAGGACAUCCUUCUGAAGCGGGAACUUGAGCACCUCGAAAAUACGUAUCCCCAACGUUUCAGGGCCUUCUACGUUCUGGACAACCCUCCUGAGCAAUGGCAAGGCGGUAAGGGCCAUGUGACCAAGGAGCUCCUGAAGACGGUUCUUCCCGAGCCGAAGGAAGGCGAGAAAAUCAAGAUCUUCGUAUGCGGCCCUCCUGGAUUGUACAAGGCUAUAAGCGGCGGCAAGAAGAGCCCGCAAGAUCAAGGCGAACUUGCAGGUUAUCUGAAAGAUCUCGGUUACUCAAAGGACCAGGUGUACAAGUUCUAG